AUGGAAAAUAUGAGAGAUGGCGAAAAAAACAGUUCUCAUUGGAUCUCAUUUAUGUUCUUUGAGCGAUCUUCAGUAAUGAUUACUCUCUUGAAGUGUUUCGGCUUUGGAAGUUCUUCUCCAUCAUCCUCUUCUAGUGAGGAAAAAGGCGACGGUAUGGUGAUAAAGGAGGAAGAAGAAGAUGAGAUGACCGUUGAAAUCAAAGAACCGAGGUCGCGGAAGAGUACGCCUAAGCCAAAACCAAGCUCAGGGAAAGGAGGCAAAAUCAACUAG